CGGAGGUCGGGGCGCUUGGCUGUGGCACACGAUGGCAAGAAGAGGAUCCAUGUCUUUGGGCCCAGCGGAUCCUGCCUGCAGCGGUUUGGGGAGCGGGGGGAUGCAGGCAACGAUAUCAAGUACCCGCUGGAUGUGACGGUCACGUCGGAUGGGCACGUGGUGGUCACUGAUGGGGGGGACCGUGCCGUGAAGGCCUUUGAUUUUGAGGGAAGGGGGGUCCUGGCUGUCCGGGAAGGUUUCUGUUUGCCUUGGGGCUUGGAUGCUGCCCCUGAGAGUGAAGUAAUCCUGACGGACUCAGAGGCAGGCGCUCUCUACCGCUUGAUGGCUGACUUCAAGAAGGGGAAAUUAAAGAAGUGUCAGAUGAUCCAGUCCCAGCUCAUCAGCCCAAGAGGGGUUGCGGUCUCCCAGACCUCAGGUGCUAUCGCGGUGAUAGAGCAUCUGAAAGCUCGAGGACUGAACAACAGCAGCACGCGAGUGAAGAUAUUCAGUGCAGAGAUGGAUCUCGUUGGCCAGAUGGACAGCUUCGGUCUGAACCUGAUUUUCCCUUCCAGAAUAUAUACUACGGCUGUGGCCUUUGACAAAGAGGGUCGUGUUAUAGUAACAGAUGUAUGUAGCCAGGCCAUAAUAUGCUUAGGGAAACCUGAGGAGUUUCCCAUCUUUAACCCUCUAAUUAGCCACGGGCUUUCUUAUCCUCUAGGACUGACUUACAUGCCAAACAAUUCCCUCGUCGUUUUAGACAGUGGUGAUCAUUCAGUAAAAAUAUAUAGCUCCACCUGA